CGCUUUCGACUCCGCGACAGGCCACACUCCGGCUCGUAGUGUCUCGAGACAUCCCGUAUUCAGCUAUAAUAAGACCGCAGCUUCCCUAGAUCCUUCCGCCUGCCAACAUGUCGUCGGACGACGGGAACUCAACCACCAACACAGUCGAUAUGGCGCGCCAGCGACGCGGGUCCAUCACCUCAAGCGCCUUCACCAGCCUCUUCCGGCAGAAUUCCAUCGCGCAACCCCCCGUGACCGCCUUCGCAACCCCUCUAGCCACGACUGCCAUAAACGACCAGCGCCGGAGGCUGUCCGUCACGACCCUGGGUCUCUCGGGCACCUCUCCGACCACAGCUUCUGCUUUCCUGCGCCGCGCCAGUCUUUCUACAAGCGGCGAUUCGUUUGAUGAAAAUGCAGUCGAGGACGAAGAUCCCCGCACCGCCCCCAUCACACCCUCCUUCACCCGGCGGACGAGCUUCGGCGGGCCCCAGGCCGUGCGAGGCGUGCGAGGGCCGACCAGUCCGGGUACCAACGGUAGGCCUCCCCAGCCGAACCGCCCGCGCGCCAGCACCGUCCGCAGUAGUCCGCCCACGCCUCCGAUCCCUUCGGCCGGCGUCGGCAACUACACGUGGAGCAAGAUCUCUUCUCAGGCAAGCACUGCAAACCAGUCCAGAACAGGUUCUGACUUGUGCUCCCCUCCUGUCCGAUCAGAGCAAGGCUUCAACUGGUCGGACCAGCUUAGGACUCGUGCCGAGAGCACCGUCGCCGCCGGCCCGCGGCCGUCGUUCUCCCUGGCCUCCGGAGGGCUCGGCGUCUCCCCUCCGCGCGCCAGCGCAGCCCCGGCCCCGGCCCCUGCCCCCGUCAGCCCUCACCACCAUCGGGCCAAGUCCGUCUCCGACAUGCCUGCCCCUCCCGCCCAGCCUCCCAGGCCUCGGCAGAAGCCUGACCCCUUUCAGGAGAGGAUCCUGAAGGGCGAUUUCUACAUGGACUAAGCCCGCCGGCAGGAGUCAGUUUCCAUGUCAUCCAUGCGUCUCUCAUAUCUUCUCGACAUCCCGAUUCGGGAUAAGGGUCGUGCUUUCUACACCAUACAAUCACCCUACUGGCUUUUUUUUCUUCGGCGUUCUCGUUUUAGGCACUGGGACAAGGCGCAAAUGGUUUUACUUCCUUCAGUUGCGGCAUGUUUCCCUGUGUCUGGAAUUUGGGGCUCUGUACAUAACAAGGAGCUGGUAU